ACACGCCGGGAUCUAACUGAAGGAUUGUUUGGUGCAUUUAUUGUCAUCAGCAGGCUCCAUGGUGACGAUGAGGAUGAGGAGGAGGGAGACGACCAGCAAACACUUGUUGUGCUUUCUGCUGCUCCUCUUCCAGCUCUGUUGGGCUGAAGACACAAAGAAAGAUGAGGGGAAGACUGAGAAUAUCACAUUUUGGGGCCAAGCAAAGACCAGACGACUGUUUGCGAGGCAAAAGAUUUCUCCACGAGAGCAAACUCAUGUUUUAAAACACAAAUCAAACAAUGUGACCCCGGCGCGGCGCUGCGGCCGCCUGAUGGAGAGCUGCUCUUCACACGUGCCGUGCUGCGACCCCUGCGCCUCCUGUCGCUGUCGGCUCUUCAACACCAUCUGUCACUGCUGGAGAAUGAACCCUCUGUGUCUGAAGAGGACCUAGGAGCGCACACAGACAUGUGUAACACAUACAAACCAUGUGCACAAAGUGGUACACAACAUCACACACAGGCCCAGAGCCUGGAGUCAUUUUCUGUUUUUCAGCACAAAUGUGACCAUUCCUCAAAUAUCACACAAAACCCAACCAGAGAAGCCUUUUAACAAUCAUUAUUCACUGAGGUUGUUCCAAAAGUAUGACAAUCAUUGUAAUCAAUAGUACAACAAUUCAGAGACAAGCAAUCUACAGAAAACUGUCAAGACUCAUGAUUAUAACUACUUUGGGACAUGAGGUGGUUUAGAUCAAUAAAGCACAUAAUAGAAAAGGGUGCAGCAUGGUGACUCAGUUGGUAGAGCUGAUGCCUCUCAAGAAUUGAAACUCAGCCCAAGGCCCUUUCUGGGUAGAGUUUGCAUGUUCUCUCCAUGCAUGCGUGGGUUCUCUCCGGACACUCCAGCUUCCACCCAC